AUGUCGAACCUUGUGUGUUACAUAUGCGUCUUUUUGCUCCUGUUGAUCACCCCUGUUGAGAACAGAGGUUAUGUGUGUGACUUUUCAUCGGAGAAAUACAAUAUAGAUUUUGACGAUUAUUAUACAGACGUUAUAUGCUAUCAUGAAAUUGGGGAAGGGGAUACCAUUGGAGUUAUUAUACCCAAGUACAGAGAUGGACAUGAAAAUAUCGAGAUAUUAACAAAAUGUUUUGACGAAGUUUCAUUAAGCAAAUCUGGAAAUAAAACAGUGUCCAUAUAUAAGAUAUUUAACAAAGAUGAAAUUGAAGUAUCUUCUUCGAAUUCGUUGUACAAUACUGAAUAUUUAUCAUCAAUUCUACAAAUUAAAAAUGCUCUGAAAAAUAGUUAUAUCCACUGUGUAUUCGAAAGUAGAAAUGCUAAAAAUAUGGAAAUACAUAAAGGAGUAGCAAAAAUUUCAGUUAAAAAUUACCCAGUUCAUAAUGAUAAUUUAUCAAACAAGCACAUUAUUGAUUUAUAUAACAAAGUUGAUGUUAGUAAAGACAACUCAAAUAAUAAAUACCAAGUUAAGGUGGAACCUGGUCAUAUUUUAUAUAUAUUAGGAGGCAAACUUCCCAACGGAAAGUAUAUAUAUUUUGCUAAUGACUGUCCGAUUAUUUUUGAAUAUAUAGGCGAUAUUUAUAAGCACAUAUUUCCAAUCAUUAAUGAAAAAGAGGUAGUAUAUGAUUGUCCAAUGUAUUAUGAUGAAAAUGAAACAACAAUUUCUAUUGGAAAUUUGGUUGUAACAUUUGAACCCAAAUUCCCUAGUAUAAAUUUAAUCAAUAAAGAAAUUUUAAAAAAAUAUAUUAAAUUUAAUAUAGAAAAAAAAUUGAAUAUUCUUUUAAACGGCACAGAUAAUGAUAUGGGCAACAUGGAUAACGAUAAUCAAAGAUAUAUGGAACAGGGCAUCCAGUUAAAUGAAUCUCAGACAUCUAAUUUACAAUCAUUGAACCUUGAUAAAGAAUAUUGUAAUAAUGAUGGAUGUGUAGAACUGUUCGAAAAUUCAAGAUGCUCAUCUAUUUGUGAUAGUGGUUACAGAGUCCUAGAUGGAUAUAACAUAAGUUAUGAUAUUCAAUCUGUCAUUCCAUGUAACAAUGGGAACUGUACUCCUGAAGAUUCAGCUGAACCUUUUUUCAUAUUUGCUUGGGCUUCCAUUGUUUUUUUCUGCAUCAUCGUCACAAUUUUGAUCAUUACUAUUUAUUCCAUUAUACAGGAAAAUAAAAAGAUAGUUCCUGAUCCAUUCUAUAACUAUGACUCUAACAUAAAAAGUUCAGGCAAUUUGUGA